AAUGUAAGGCAUUCUUUUGCUGUAAUAGCAAUUCCCAAAACAAAUACUUCUCAUUUUAUCAAAGGAAUUCGAACCAUCUGAUAAAUUAAAAUUAGAACUUAACCAUGUCAUUGAAACUCUAUUUAUUACUAUCAAACAUUUCCUUAAUGAAAUCAACAAUUCCAUCCCUAACUUAUGUAAUCGUUGUUCCAAGUAAAUUUGAUCUUUAUUAUAGAUAAUCACUUUUUGACUAAUCAUCAGAUUUUCUUAAUGAUUAAUGGAAAUAACAUUAUGAUGACCUUAAUGCUGAGUUUCUAAUACUCAAGGCAUGUAAUUAAUAAAUUGAAUUCCAAAAAUAAGAACUAUAGCAAAAGUUAAUAGAUUAACGGUCUAAAUAUGAAGACUUAAAUCGAUAAAAAAAAGAAGAUAAAGAUUAUUAUAGAUAACAAUAUGAAACACUUAAAAAGAAAGCAUAAGAUAAAAUUCAUAGAUUAAAAGAUAAAGUUAUACUAUUCUAAACUUAACUUUAAACAUAUGCAAUUGAAAGUGAACAUCUUAAAAUUAUUGCUUAAGAAGAUAGAUUUAAUUCACCUUCUUCAAUCAAAACUAAAUUAUCGAAUAUCCUUAAAGAAUUACAUGCUCUAAGAUCAAUAUCAAAUAAUAUUUUGUUGGAAAAUUCAAAAAUUAUCAUUUAAGCAAAAGAACAAUUAUAAUUAUGUUUAAUUAAAAAAGAAAUUCAAGGAACAAUUAUAAAAAGAAAUAGAACUCCUCCAGAAACAACCAAAAUUAAAUAAUAUUAUUCUUAAACUUAAUCAAUUUAAAACAGUCCUGAUAGAAAAUUGAAAACAGAGAAACCCUCUAUAAUUAGAAAAGUUAAUGCAAAUAGAGCUUCAGUAAGCAAGAAUCUGUUGGCAGAAUUUGAUGUAUCUGCUUAAAUAACUAAAUUCAUUAAAUAAUAUUAUUAGACAGACUAAUAAUUAAGAAAUAGCACAGGAUUUUAAUAAAAAUUGGUAUGA